AUGGCGUGGCGUAGUUCCGGCCGCACCAACGCCGAACUGAUAACCAACCUCUUCAACGCGGGGCUCAUCACGUCGCCGCGCGUCCGCGAGUCCAUGUCCUCGGUCGACCGAGCGCACUACUGCCCCUCCAGCCCGCUCGCGGCGUACGAAGACUCUCCGCAGCCCAUAGGCUUCCGGGCCACGAUAAGCGCGCCGCACAUGCACGCGUCGGCCGCCGAGUCGUUGCUGCCCUUCAUGCCCGAGGACGCCGGCGCGAACGUCCUCGACAUCGGGUCCGGGAGCGGCUACCUCACGCACGUGCUGGCGAACCUCGUCUGCGGCGCGGACGGCAAGGGCGACGGCCACGUCGUCGGCGUAGACCACAUCCAGGGCCUGGUCGACAUGAGCCGGGAGAACAUGCGGCGGUCCGAGGAAGGCCGGCGGCUCCUGGACACGGGCAGGGUCGAACUCGUGGUCGGGGACGGGAGGAAAGGCUACCCCGAGGGCGGUCCCUACGACGCGAUCCACGUCGGCGCCGCGGCGGCCGAGCUGCACCAGAGCCUGGUCGACCAGCUGAAAGCCCCCGGGAGGAUGUUCAUCCCCGUCGAAGACAAGGACGGCUGGGGCAGCCAGUGGAUCUGGGUGGUGGACAAAGACAAAGACGGGAAGGUCACAAAAAAGAGGGAUAUGGGAGUCCGCUACGUGCCUUUGACGGAUGCGCCCUAA